AUGGCGAGCGUCGGAAGAGAGGAGAACCCUCAUCCCCAUGGAGAGACAAACAGCGGUGGUGGCGCUCCAAAGCCACCGGACAUAGCGAUGCAGAAUCAAAAGGUCUCCUUUCGAGACAAGCUAAUGGGAUGUGCCUCGACGGAACCGCAAAAGAAAAGAGUGGAAGAUGAAGGUUUGAUCCGGGUGGAGUACAUCAAUGACAACACAUCUCUGCCCAGGAUUCGUGUACACCAGUCUGUGAUCGAGAACAUGUGCUCACCCUGGAAAGAAGCUUUGGUAAUCUGCCUUUUGGGCAAGAAGCUAGGGUACCGCACCAUGAAAACUAAGUUGGAGCAUAUAUGGGGGCUCUCGGGCGCCUUCGACAUGAUAGAUGUCGACAACGAGUUUUAUAUGGUGAAAUUUGACAUGGAGGCUGAUCGGGACAAAGUUAUAAGUGGAGGGCCAUGGAUGAUCUUCGAUCAUUACCUAGCAGUUUCAACAUGGAGCCCGAAGUUCAUCUCGUCGGAAGCCCGCGUGACGAAGACCCUGGCAUGGAUCCGUAUUCCGGGCCUAAAUGUUGUGUUCUAUGAUGAAAGUUUUCUGAUGUCGGUGGCCAAGGUUAUUGGCAUCCCCAUUAGAGUCGACAUGCAUACGCUCAGGGGAGACCGAGGAUGGUUUGCACGAAUUUGUGCCGAACUUGAUCUCACUAAACUAGUGAUAGGAAAAAUUGGAAUUGAGGAUUACUGGUACAAGGUGGAGUAUGAAGGACUACACAUAAUCUGCCCAAAAUGUGGUUGUUAUGGCCACCGUGGAAGGGAAUGCUCUCUGCCCACUCCUGCUAAAGAAUCUGUUUCGGUGUCGGUAGCUAAGGUAAGUCGUGAACCAGUGGCGGUGGACCCAGGGGGUGGCGGUGCCGGAGACAAACGAGGUAGCAACCAAGGUGGACGUAGAAAUGGAAUCUCCUUAAAUCUCGCAGGAAACGACACAGUUGGCGAUAGAAGCAGGAUAAAAAAUUCAAGUUCAUGA